AGGUACGUAGUUAUUAAUUUAAAAAAAUCAUCAAGGCUGUCGUCAAGGAAUCCCAAUUUUUCGGCGAAUCAAGUACAUCUCCCAGUGCAUUGAUAAUGAAUAAGCUGUUCCACCGGUGCAUUCUCCCCUCGGCAGCCUUCCUCAUCUCCCCCUCUCCCCCAGCGAAACUACGUGUUCCCCAUCGUUAAAUUAUUCUCAAAUCCUCUCGCCCCCACCGCGUAUAAUAAUCCCAGUCCCCGAUGUUACUGAAAACACUGAAAGAUACCGCGUGGUUAUUCCCACUCGAGCACAACGCGCACACAAUAUUGCUGUUAGAGAGUGGCCGAACCGCAUGCCUACCACCACUACCUUAACAUCUCUCCUUCAGAUACCUUCCUUUAGCCUCCUCCAAGGGGGGGCCCUCUUAUUAUACCUAUGGUAGUGGCCGUCUCCUUGGAGCAUUGCACCAGUCUCGCUGUUGGACCUCAACAAGGAUGCUUGCGCCGUUGCCAGCGUGGCCCAGCAUCCUCUUAUCUAUUAUUUAAUCGGUCAAUUAACACGCUGAUUGAGCUAGUACCGCUGCCCCCACCCGGUCAAUCCCACCACCCCCUCGUAUCACCGGUUCACCAGGACAUUCACAGAGAAAAUAAAAAUCAGCCCGAGGGAAUCGAAUUGAUCGACUGAAUCGCAGUAUCAAUUGACCAAUACAACUGGAAUUAUGAGGAUUAUUCGCAUCUGUUGGGUAUAUGUUACGUGUAAAUUUGAUCUACCACAGUGUGGAAUGUGGCAUUGGUGAAGGAGGGUAUCCUCUCAACACUACCAUUAAGCGGCCGGUUUGAUUCGUGCCCAGGCUUGCCCACACUCGCACACACAUGGAACCAAAGUGGAAAGAUAACAUUUGACUGCAACUGUACCACAAAACCUGUACAGAAUAGGUGAAAAUUCCCCGGAGCAAUUUUUAAAAGAAGAAUCCAAUUCAUCGGUUACGUAGGCAAUCCCGGAGCCCCCUCCAACCUGGGUUAAUACUCCAUGGAAUUAUCUCAAUGAUCAACGGAUGGGUACACGGGUGUGUUUCAAAGUGAAACGCAAAUGGCAUAGAGGAUAUAAAUUCAGAUUCACUCUCAGCAUUUCUUUUAUUUCGGAUGAUUUUUAUUUGUUCACCGAGUGCAAGUGAAAAAGGUCGUGAGAGAGGAGUUUGUUGUUUUCUCGUGUGGGUAUAAUCGCGUUUGAGAGGGAGAGCAAAGGGGAGAGAAAGUUUCGCGUCCGUGAAGCGAUAUAGGAAAAACCGGAACGUGUCUGAAAUUCUGGCUGAUUCGUUAGGCUCUUAACAUGUGUUAUAAAACAGUGUCGUAAUUAUUAUAUUCCGUUUAAUUGUAUUGAAAGAAUUUAUGGGCUGUUUGAAGUUGGGCCCAUGAGGCCAAUAUCGUUUGAAAAUUUGAGGAGGCUCGUUGGACGUAAGAAGGAUCGUAACGAGCCAUCCUUCAAGCGCAGCGAGUCCUUCAAAAGAAUAUCGAUACGAAAGAGUUACCUGGACAGGGGUAAGAGAAGAAAUAAAGCCCUGCAGAAAGUCAAUGAUAUACAGUUUAAUCAGAGAUCAAACGAUGGUACGGAGAACGUUAAAAUCAUCGAGGAUGAAGCGAGAAAAUUUAAUGAGGAUAAUAAUGAAACAAAGAGCAUUGCAUCAACGAAUAAAUCAAAAAUUUCUGCUCGACGUACCAUAGCUUACGACGACUGGCUCAACGAUGUUAACAACGGUAAUGAAAAAUUGACCAAUGUUGAGCGAGAAAAUGAGGUGAAAAUUGAGAGAGUUAAAUCAUCAAUUUGUGGUGAUUUUGGUGGACUACGAUUGGAUACUGACUCGCCAGUGUCAGAGGUAUUCUCAAGGUCGGGUUAUUCCGAUGCCAUCGACACGACACCCGACGAUUCCAUGACCUUGGCUGAGGGCGGUCCACCGAGUGUCAGUGUGAGUCUCGGUAGAGUCUGGCUGGACACUGUAAUAAUGCCCUUUCCAUCUGUAUCCUCGGUAUCGUCAAUUAAAAAGGAGAUUAAAGAGUCGAGUAGUACGUGCAGCAGCUCCAGUAGUAUAACAUCAAAGGCGCAUCGAUCCCUCGACUCAGCUCUCAAUGAUCGUAAACAAUCGUCCCAAGUUGUUGUUGCAAGAACUGUCUCGGCGCCGGUAAAAAAGACCAGCAAAAAUGGUAGUACAUUCAACAGUUUUUCCAUGUCCAUUACGAAGAUGAGGCAGUUCAAAUCGAAGAGGAAUGGCCUAUUCUUCAGUAAAAAUUCCAGCAAAUUGUCGGUGAGCGGCGGUGGAUGUGGCGAGACACUGGGCAGUGAUUUAGAGGGUAAUAGCCACAAUAGAAGAUCAUCUGGUGCUCGCAAAUUCAAUAAUUCAUCCUGCAACAGCAAUCACACUGCAACAUUACCACUGGAUCACGAUUAUUUUGGCUUUGUGCCACCUGAGAAACGCAGAUCAAAAAGAGUACCUAGAAUUUGGCAUGAAAUACGCUACUGUUCAAACAGUCUCGAUGAUAUUGAUGCCGAGGAAAUGUCGAGCUUUGAAGUGACACCCCUCCUGUACGAUUCACGAAAUUUCAACGACUGCCAUCCACCCAACGAUGAAUUGCUCAAUUCCUACAGAAGUUCAUCGACCUGCUCCAAGUCAUCGAUGGGCUCGUUGCACGGUCCCAAAAUCAGUGACUUCAACGAGGACAAAAUACUGUCGGAAAAAUUACGGGGCAUAUUGGCACAACGUCCUAUCUGGCAGCCAUCGAAUGCCUCUCAUGCUGAGCACAACGUUAAUUUUUUCUCCACGAGCUACUUCAAAGAUUUCAUAAAACCCAAGGAAAAAAAUCCACCGAUUAAUUACUACAGAUGUCUAUCGUCUAGCGAGAGUGAAUCAGACUGUCGUAGAUCCAAUGAUUCUCGAAUUGACGUUAACAAGCGUCGUUUAAUUAAGAGCCAAGAGUACGGUGAUAAGAGAACUGGAUUCACGGAUAGGGAGAGACGUAAUUUACCGAAGAGACGUUCACAGCCUAAACGAAAGUAUCAGCAGCAGUGUCAGUCCCAUCCGCGACAGCCUGUAUAUCUUGUACGCAAGUGCUCCUCAUUGAGACGACGACCCAGGGACAUUACGCAAAAAGGAUACGAGAAAAAACGAACGCGUCUGUUUCAGCAGUAUGCCUCUAAGCAGUUGGGUGGGAAUGGCGGUGGUACCGGUGGUAGCGCUGAAAAAACUAAUUAUGGAAGUGGUGGUGGUGGUGGGGUACCUGGCGGACGUCCUCAGCCCCGAGCAAGACGCACCCAACGUCGGGUCACGCACUCGGAAAAGCGUUAUCAUUCAGGAGGCCGGCUUGUACCUGGGGCCACUGCCAGUCCUUCGGGAUCUGGCGGCUCUGGGGGGAACCCCACGGUCAAUGCAACUGCCGCAGCCGCUGCUGCUGCCGCUGCGAGACGAGGUAAUCGAAGACUCACGCGAAAUGAGAGUCGUUACCACUCGGAGGUUCGACAGGAGGCAGUGCAGCAGGCGCUUGCGGCAAUGCAGGGAAGGCCAAAGCCCUCUCUGCCAAUGCCCUCGAAGAGAACAUCAGUAAUGGCGAGAAGUCCCGAUCGUGAUCGUCGAGACAGCGGUGAAUCAAGCAGCGACGAAGACAGCGUUGUAACUGAAGAAUCACCUGGGGCUGGUGGUCCCACCGGUACCGGUCUAUCCGACACAAGUAGUACAGGCUCAGCGCGUGAUACACCACCACCACCUCGGCCACCCGCGAGGCGACCACCACCGGCUGACAUAACAGACAUUGCUGAAUACACACCUCACGCUUACUGCAAUAUUCAACCACCCGAUGUCACACACACAACGACACAAUCCAGAAGACCAGGGGCCGACAGAGUCAAUCGUUAUCACGUCGUUGAUGAGAAUAACACGGGGACAACGGGGAGGUGGAAGGUGUCAGCGAAGAUACAACAGCUCUUGAAUACACUUAAGAGACCGAAGCGUCGGCCAUUACCAGAGUUCUAUGAGGAUGAUGACAUUGAACUGGAGAUCGCUGCGAAUCCGAAAGAUCCCAAUGCACCGAAACCUGAGGGAGGUAUCAUGACACCAGCCCUUGGGGAACAGCUGUCUGUACCAUCCGGGCUGCCGAGGUCGUUGGAAGCUGCUAUUCAAAGGUACGGUUCAGCGACAUACAAAGCACCAGCAGCAACAGUCCUCGAUCCAAAUGGCAAGCUAUGCAUAACCCUGACCUAUGGAAAGCUCCAAAGUCGUUCUCACAAAAUAGCCUAUACCCUCCUGAACAAAGCCCUGAGUCGCAAUCCAGGUGACGUAUGCCUGAAACCCGGUGACAGAAUAGCUCUAGUCUACCCAAACAACGAUCCCAUAAGUUUCAUGUGUGCAUUUUACGGCUGUCUCCAAGCGGGAAUAGUUCCGGUGCCGAUUGAAGUGCCAUUAACCCGUCGUGACGCUGGCUCCCAACAGAUAGGCUUUCUCCUCGGUAGUUGUGGAAUUCAAGUGGCCCUGACAAGCGAGGCAUGCCUCAAGGGCUUGCCAAAGACAACAGCUGGUGAAGUAGUUGCCUUCAAGGGUUGGCCAAAAUUGCACUGGUUUGUCACCGAGCACUUGGGUAAAACACCCAAGGACUGGUUACCACCGCCAAAAUUAACCGACGAAACCCCAGCGUACAUCGAGUAUACAACCGACAAGGAUGGCUCGGUGAUGGGUGUGACAGUGACAAGAGCAGCGAUGCUGUCACACUGUCGUGCAUUGACAAUGGCGUGUGGUUACACUGAGGGUGAAAAUGCCGUUUGUGUUUUGGAUUUUAAACGUGAAGUUGGUCUUUGGCACAGUACAUUGACGAGCAUUCUCAACGGUAUGCAUGUGAUAUUUAUACCCUAUGCGCUGAUGAAGGUCAAUCCUGCCAGUUGGAUGCAGAUGAUAACAAAGCACAGAGCAAGUGUUGCUGUUGUUAAGUCACGAGAUCUUCACUGGGGCCUUCUUGCUACUAAAGAUCAUAAGGACAUAUCGUUGUCAUCACUCAGGCUAUUGCUCGUUGCUGAUGGUGCUAAUCCGUGGUCAUUGUCCUCUUGUGAUCAAUUCCUGUCCGUAUUUCAGUCCAAGGGACUUCGACCUGACGCUGUUUGUCCGUGUGCAUCGUCCAGCGAGGCGCUCACUGUUUCAGUGAGACGUCCUGGUAGGGCUGGUGUCAAUGCCACUGGACGUGGUGUCUUGUCAAUGUCCGGACUGAGUUACGGGGUCGUUCGCGUCGAUCAGGAGAAUUCAUUGACCUCAUUGACACUUCAGGAUUGUGGACAAGUUAUGCCUGGGAGUAUUGCUGUUGUUGUUAAGAUGGAGGGACAGGCUUUGAUAUGUAAGACCGAUGAAGUUGGAGAAAUUUGUCUGCACAGCAGUGCCACCGGCAGCCAGUACUGGGGGCUCCAGGGUUUAACUAACAAUACCUUCAAAGUCACUCCGGUGCAGAGCGAUGGAAGCGCUAUUUCUGGGGGCGCUGAGGGGGAGUAUGUGAGAUCUGGACUGUUGGGAUUUUUGGGACCGGGCAAUUUGAUUUUUGUUUGUGGAUCGAGAGACGGCCUAAUGACUGUCACGGGGAGAAAGCACAAUGCUGAUGAUAUUAUUGCUACUGUGCUUGCUGUGGAACCCAUGAAGUUCAUCUAUCGUGGGAGAAUCGCUGUAUUCAGUGUCAGAGUACUCAGGGAUGAAAGGAUAUGCGUCGUUGCUGAGCAGAGACCUGACUGCAGUGAGGAGGAGAGCUUUCAAUGGAUGUCGAGAGUACUCCAAGCCGUCGACUCUAUUCACGCUGUGGGAAUCUAUUGUCUGGCCCUAGUACCACCCAAUUACCUACCAAAAACACCCCUCGGUGGUAUUCAUCUCUCUGAGACAAAAAGACGAUUUUUAGAAGGCACCCUGCAUCCAGCCAAUGUACUUCUGUGUCCCCACACUUGUGUCACGAAUCUGCCGAAGCCACGCGAAGUACAUUCGGCGGGGGAUUCUGUUUCAGACGUUGGACCAGCUAGUGUCAUGGUCGGUAACAUUGUCCAGGGUAAUCGUUUGGCAUCUGCUCAGGGACGUGAUCUUGGAAUUUUGGAUGAAGAGAGUGAUAAUGCGAAAAAGUACCAAUUCAUCUCCGAAAUUCUGCGGUGGCGUGCGGUAAGCACAUCAGACCAUGUGAUUUUCACAUUGCUCAACGCAAAGGGAGCAGUGGCAACUUCCCUCUCCUGCUCCCAACUGCACAAGAAAGCCGAGAGAAUUGGCAAUUUACUCCUGGACAAAGGAAGAAUAAACACUGGAGAUCAUGUAGCUUUAAUUUUCCCCCCAGGGACAGAUUUGAUCUGUGCAUUCUACGGUUGUCUCUAUGUCGGUGCAGUGCCAGUGACAAUAAGACCUCCUCAUCCCCAAAAUCUCCAGACAACUUUACCCACAGUGAGGAUGAUCGUUGACGUCAGUAAAUCAGUUCUCGUAUUGACUAAUCAGAAUAUGGUUAAAUUACUCAAGAGCAAAGAGGCGAAUAAUGUCGUGGAUAUCAAGAGUUGGCCAACUGUACUCGAUAUGGACGAUAUGCCAAAGAAAAAAUUGCCAGUUAUGUAUCGUGCACCCACAGCUGAAAUGCUGGCCUAUCUAGAUUUCAGUGUAUCAACAACUGGAAUGUUAGCUGGUAUCAAGAUGUCACACGCUGCUGUUACAUCGUUAUGUCGUGCCAUGAAACUUGCCUGUGAACUUUAUCCCUCUCGUCACAUUGCCCUCUGCCUUGAUCCUUAUUCAGGACUUGGCUUUGCCCUGUGGUGUUUGAGCAGCAUUUAUAGUGGUCAUCAUUCUAUUCUCAUUCCACCCUCAGAAGUCGAGGCCAAUCCGGCAUUGUGGCUGUCAGCUGUCAGUCAAUCGAGGGUCAGGGAUACAUUUUGCUCGUAUGGAGUUAUGGAAUUGUGCACUAAGGGGUUGGGAUCUUCUGUACACGCUUUAAAGGCUCGUGGUGUUAGUUUGUCUUGUGUUAGAACUUGCGUUGUUGUGGCUGAAGAGAGACCCCGGAUUGCACUUACUACGAGCUUUAGUAAACUUUUCUCAGCGCUUGGGCUCAGUCCGCGCGCUGUUUCUACAUCGUUUGGAUGCCGGGUCAAUACAGCUAUCUGUUUGCAGGGCGCCUCGAGUCCCGAGCCAUCGACCGUUUACGUGGAUCUCCGAGCCCUCAGAAACGAUCGAGUUUCACUGGUAGAGCGAGGCAGCCCCCACUCCCUGUGUCUGAUGGAAUCUGGCAAGCUGCUUCCAGGUGUCAAAGUGAUCAUUGCUAACCCAGAGACCAAGGGACAAUGUGGUGACUCUCAUCUCGGUGAAAUAUGGGUACAAUCAGCUCACAAUGCCAGUGGUUAUUUCACUAUUUAUGGGGAUGAGAGUGACUAUGCUGAUCAUUUUAAUGCUCGUCUUGUCACUGGAAAUACUGGUGAGGUUUACGCUAGAACGGGAUACCUCGGUUUUCUGAGGCGCACUGAGUGCGUUCAACAGUCUGCGGUUGGUGGGGACGUGUCUGGUGCAGCCAGUGACACAUCAGUCUCGGAUUUGGAUAUCUCAGCGCCGGGUGAUGCUGAAUUGCAUGACGCUGUUUUUGUCGUUGGGGCAUUGGAUGAGGCCAUUUUACUCAGGGGAAUGCGGUAUCAUCCCAUUGACAUUGAGAACAGUGUCAUGAGGUGUCACAAGAAAAUUGCUGAGUGUGCUGUAUUUACAUGGACCAAUUUACUCGUGGUUGUCGUCGAGCUGAAUGGUAGUGAGAGCGAGGCCCUGGAUCUCGUUGCCCUGGUAACAAGUGCUGUCCUCGAGGAGCAUCAUCUUGUCGUUGGUGUUGUUGUGGUAGUUGAUCCUGGUGUUGUACCAAUUAAUUCCCGAGGUGAAAAACAGAGAAUGCACCUGAGAGAUGGCUUUUUGGCUGAUCAAUUGGACCCAAUCUACGUGGCGUAUAAUAUGUGAGCAGACAUGAAAAAAAUCGCACACAGUCUCACAACCACAACAUUAUUAUUAACAGUUAUGAUAACGUAUGUCGAUACACAUGACAGAACAAUUUCAUACAAUUUUUAUUUGAUGAAUUGUUGGAUCCAUACGUACUGUGAUGUUUACGUAUGUAGAGUAAUUAUCUUGUAUUCGCUGACUCUGGUGAUGCCAAAACAAUGCUCUCACACGUUUUGAACAUGUCUGAGGUUGUGUGGGGCAGCUAAAUAUUUUUUUUUUCGUUUAUUUUAAUUUAUUACUCUCUCGAGGCUCCAGCGUUUGGAGCAGACUGACCGAUCGACUGUAACAAAAGCAAGAAUUCAAUGGGAAUAAAAGAUUUAUUACGUACACUGUCAGGAAAUUAUUGGGAUUUCAUGGACAUUUGACUAUUGAAUCAGAUGUGCGGAAAAGAAUAUAUAAUACCAGAUUUCUGUGAUUUUUCGUGCAAUAAUUGAACUGAAAUUCACAACUUGCGUUCACUCUCCAUGAAAUUUCGACGAGGAAAUUGAACAGUGUAGUGUCAUUAUUAUUGGAAUUGUGUAAUCCAAAGAAAGAUGUGAAAUUGUGAAAUUUUAAUUGAAUUAUCUGUUAACUCAAACACGGUCGAUCCCAAUACGAUUAUUUUUACGUAAUUGUAACUCUGGUAAUAAUCAGUAUGUAAUAAGGUCAUAAAAUCAAUUAAAUGUCCUUCUGUAAUGAGGACUGACACCCGCGUAUGAAAUAACACUUCAGUUGACAGUCGUUUUAUCUUGAUUAUCACCGAUAAUAAUGAUUCAGUGAUUCUUAUCUAAUUUCUUUAUUUACUUUAUCGAAAUGAUAAUUGAGCUCAAAGGUUUUAUCGCAUAAAACGUAACGUAUUAUUUUUUAUUAUUUUUUAAAUGGUCAGGACGAGGUCUUGUCACAAUGAUGUAAAGUUUUAUGCCUCUCCCUCUUUGUUCUCUCCUCGAUAAUUUAAAUGAUAUCCAAUCCAAUUGCACUCAUGUGGCUCCGUCAUUGGAAAAACUAUUUAGUUAUCCCCCAUUUAUCAGAUUAGUUUUCCUCUUUUAGACUAGUGCAAUACGCGUAUUUGUAAAUAAUUCUCGAACUUAUUUUUCUGUUUUAUUUUGUGUGUAACGAAAAUUGUUUUGGUAUGAACGAUCAAAAAAAAUGUUAUGAAUUGAUUUUCUGAUUAAAGUGACAGACCGAUACUCAUUGAUCUCACUUCAAUUAAUUACACUAUCAUUGAAAAUAAAUCCAUUGACCAAUUUAUGUACGAACAAAAUUUAUAGAGCAACCUAGUGCAGUUUAAAUAUGAGAACAUGAUUGACAGAAAUGACUAGAGUGUCAUUUUUCCCUGUAUUUGUUUUUUGUGAAGGCCUUUUCUAAAGAAAUUUCUGGGCACGGCUGGUCAGAGAUUUUUCCGCUCUAUUUUUCUCCUUUAUGCAUUGAAAAAAAUACGAAAAAAAUUGGAAAACUAGAGCUGUGGAAUUUCCGUAGAAUAUGUUCCACUAAAGCUGUUCCAUCUUUUUCCGGAAUAACAAGAAAUAUUUCUCGGAAUAUUUUUCAUCUGCAUAUCAAGUACUUCACCCAACUUUCCUUAAACGCGUUAUAAUUUCACGUACCGUUGAAUUAGCGAAUGAUAUAAAUAGUAGCAGCAACGAAUUUACUAAGUAAUUAAAUGAAUCAAGUAGUGAAUAAUAUAAUCAUUUGUUUAUUCUUCAAGUUAAUGAAAAAAAAAACUAACGAAAUUAAUGAAUACGGCAGGAGUUGAUUCACGAUAAUAAAUCAUGGAUGAACUUAUUUCUUGGCCUAGCGUCUCAUUUUCAGUCCAUCAAGCUUAUCAUUAUCGUUGAUUAACCAACAAUUGAACAAUUGAUGAUGAAAAUCAAUUCAGUCGAAUGCGUUCACCUUUAUAAAAAUUUAUAAGAUGGCCAAUUGCUCGUGAACGAGCGCUAAUUGCGUAUGUGAGGAAUGUCGUUUAUAUUAUGUAUAAAUGUUGAUACUAGUAGUUGGUAAGAAUGUGGAAUACUUGUCAUUUUUAUUAUAUAAAAUGCCCGUAAGGUAUACCACCACGUUCAUUGACUUCUCCCCCAACGAUACUAUCAAAUUAUUUACCUAUUUUUCGGUUUUUUUGAAUUUUUCCGCGGCCCUGCAACCCCAUCAUCCACCCAAUUAUCCCCUUUGAAUUCACCCUCCGCAGUGUUUUGGAGCCGCGUGAUGUGUAUGUACAUAAACAAUAAACUCCCGUUUCCUAGUAUAAUGACAUUAUAAUUUGUACGUUGGUUAUAUAUACUUAAAAAUACAAUAAUUGUCACUAGGACACGUAACGUUUACUGUAACGACAGUCGCGUAUGAAUCUCCAUGAUUUUUUUUCAGAUAAAAGAAGUAAAUAUGUGAGAUUAUUCGAAUUGACGUUUGAAAAUCCAACUUUUGCCACUUGAUGAUUAUGAAUUUUUCAUAAACAGCUGGUUAGCAGCACAUUUUGUAGUCUUUUAUAACGAUUCAACAAGUGACAAACGACAAAAUUUUAUGGAAUAAACAAUUUCACGAGAUGAAUAUACACAACAUGCCAGUUUAAUCCAGUGUACGUUUCAUUUCAACGUACAUAUUUUUUAUUUAAUUUGUAAUUUCGAAUACCGUAAACUACGUGAAUCAUUGCACAGAGCAAGUCAUCAUCAAUAAACGUAAUGUAAAUUUUUUAAA